AUGUCGGGUCUGACGCUGGGCCUAAUGUCUCUGAGCCCCGUGGAUUUGGAGGUGCUGGUGCAGAGCGGCACGGCGGACGAGCAGCGGCAGGCGGCCGCGAUCAUUCCCAUAGUGGAGAAACAGCACGAGCUGCUGGUGACGCUGCUUCUCUGCAACGCUGUCGCCAUGGAGGCCCUGCCGGUGUUUCUCGAUCGCCUGGUCCCUCCAGCUGCUGCCAUCGCUCUCUCCGUCUCCUUCGUGCUGCUCUUUGGGGAGGUGAUUCCCCAAGCCGUGUGCUCGCGGUACGGGCUGGCAGUGGGCGCCAAUCUCAUUCCCCUCGUACGCUGCCUCAUGCUUCUCUGCUGGCCCAUCGCCUUCCCCAUCGCCAAGGUGCUGGACUAUCUGCUGGGGCACGACGACCCGCUCUUCAGGCGGCAGCAGCUCAAAGCUCUCGUCAGCAUCCACGGCGCUGAGGCGGGCAUGGGAGGGGAGCUGACUCGCAGUGAGACCACCAUCAUCAGCGGCGCCCUCGAUCUAACACAGAAGACAGCAGAGGAGGCGAUGACCCCCAUAGAGUCAACGUUCUCUCUCAGCGUCAACUCACGCCUCGACUGGGACACGAUGGGGCGCAUCUUGGCAAGGGGCCACAGCCGGGUACCAGUGUAUCGGGGCCAUCCCAGCAACAUCGUUGGUGUGCUGCUCACCAAGACGCUCCUCACCGUGCGCCCUGAGGACGAGACCCCUGUCUCCUCAAUCUCCAUCCGCCGCGUCCCCAGGAUGGCAGCGAGCUUGCCGCUGUACAGUGUGCUGAACGAGUUUCAAAAGGGCAGCUGUCACAUGGCCGUGGUCGUCAAAAAGAAAACCCCGCCCCCUCCCACCCACGCUUCCCUCGCUGCUGCUGCUGCCGCCGCGGCUGGUGGUGGUGCUGCUGGUGGUGGUGGUGGUGGCAUGGGGGGGGUGCAAGCGGGGGGAGCGGGGCAGGCAGACGUGCUGACAAUCACCAUGCCAACCAGCACAUCUGAUUCCUCUCACCACGCGCUGUUUAACGACCCCAACUACUGCGAGACUCACAGCCAGGGGGGCGACAGCCGCCGCAACUCAGAAGACCUGCACGAGCAUGGUUAUGGCUAUGGGGGUGGCUAUGAGUAUGGGAGUGGGAAUGGGUAUGGGUAUGGGCGGAGUCAGAGCAAUCAGCAGCAGGAGCCGAGGACCCCUCCCUCUCAGGGGCACGCACAAGGCACUGUGUUUCGAGGAGCAUCCACUGGAGACUCCCCCUUGCAGCGCUCCCUCACUCCUCCUCCUGGUCACUACCAUCAGCAUCAGCAUCAGCAUUAUCGGUUUGAACGGCCCAGAACGCCUCCGCCUGUGUUGCUUGCGGCGGAAACAGCUGCUCUGGCGACUGGAGGGUCUUCCGCUGCUGCUGCCUUCGCUGCUGCUGCUGCCAGUGCUGGCUUCGAGCAUGCCCACGCGCCUGCCGUGGUAGAGGCAGGGUUGGGACAAGUGCACACAGCACCACAUGCACCCAAGCAUGUGCAAUGGCAGGAGCACCCCGGCAUGCCUCGUGCAGGCUUGUCUGUGGGGUCUUCAUCUGGCACACAUGCACCAGGGGGGGCAGGAGCGGCAGCAGGAGGGGCAGCAGGAGGGGCAGCAGGAGGGGGAGCAGGAGGGGGAGCAGGAGGGGCAGCAGGAGGGGGAGCAGGAGGGGCAGCAGGAGGGGGGGCAGGAGGGGGAGCAGGAGGGGCAGCAGGAGGGGGGGCAGGAGGGGGAGCAGGAGGGGCAGCAGGAGGGGGGGCAGGAGGGGCAGCAGGAGGGGGGGCAGGAGGGGCAGCAGGAGGGGGGGCAGGAGGGGCAGCAGGAGGGGGGGCAGGAGGGGCAGCAGGAGGGGGGGCAGUUGGUGCAGCAGCGGGAGGAGCAGGGGCGGAGGAGAGUAUAGACGUAGUGUAUUCGACCAAGGAGAAAAAGGCAAGGGCGGGGAGGAGGGAGGGCCAUGGGGUGGGUGGGAGAGUGGAGGGACAGAGGAGGGAGCAGGAGAGGGAAGGGGCAGGAGGGGGCUGGAGGUGGGAGAGGAGGGAUGAGACGGAGGAGGUGGUGGGGAUUAUCACACUGGAAGAUGUGAUAGAGGAGCUGCUGCAGGAGGAGAUAGUGGAUGAGACCGAUGAGUACAUUGACGUUCACCGACGCAUCCGGGUGGCAACUAAAGUGGGCCUCAACAUCAUGCCCAGACGAGUCCCUUCCUCCUCCCGCAUGCUUGCCAAUUCCUCACACAACCUACAAGGCUUGGUCCGCCCAGAUGCUCGUUCCAACCUGCCAGACGUCAACUCAGCAUAUGCUGCUGCCGCUACUGCUGACUUCUCAGCUCUUUCUCGCACGCCCCCUGGAGGGGCCAUGAGCGCCCCUACAGACUCGGCCAUAACUCAGCCUCUUCUUGAAAGAACCUGA